GUGCUCGCAGCGGGUGAUUUAUGCUUCUCGUAGAGGAACUCUGUCAGAAAUCUCACUCAUCCUAAAGUUGGUAUGGGGGGAGGAAAAGCGGGUGGCAACGAGCAGUUGACUCAGUCACCAGUGCCGGAUUGACCCAUCCCGUGUGUGAGUGUAUGAGCAUGCAUGUUGAGAGCAGCCAGGACUUUUUGGAAGCCGACGUUAAAAGAGGUUUAACAAGAUUGUGAAGUAAAGAAGGAGGCUGGAACUAUGUUAGAAUCCACAUAAUAUAUAUAUAACUGUGGAUGUCAAAGACAGUGGAAAUACUGUAUCUGGUGCUGAAGUGUUUGGAUCCUGUGUGGUUAUCACUGGCAGCCCAGUGAGGCUGUCUCUGUAUGGACGGGAAUGGGCACACAGGACUGCAGUAGCUACACUGGGCUCCCAUGGAAGCACAUCAUUUAUGUAGCCUUGCUGCUGUCUCAUCUGUGCUGCAUACAAGUAUGGGCACAGUGCAAAAUACUGAAGUGUAACUCGGAGUUUGUGGCUGCCACCUUGGACCUUGGUGGCGGAGUUGGCAGGGAGGGUGGCAACGCUGGCUACUGCAGUGCCUUGCGCUCCUAUGCCCACUGCACCCGCCGGACGGCUCGCGCCUGCAGGGGGGACCUGGCGUACCACUCGGCCGUCCAGGGCAUCGAGGACCUUCUCAUGCAGCACAGCUGCCCCAAAACGGGGCCGACGGCCCGGCCGCCAACUCAGGUGCCCAUCUCCAGGGACGCCUGUUUCUACGAGAAAAGAUACCUGCAGCGCGAGGGCAAGGCCCCGGAGUACCUCCACUGCGCCGUGUUCGGGGACCCGCACGUGCGCACCUUCCACGACGAGUUCCAAACGUGUGCGGUGAAGGGAGCCUGGCCUCUCAUCGAUAACGAGUAUCUGUACGUGCAGGCGACCAGUGCGGUUAUGCCGGGAGAGGUGUCUGCCUCAGCUCUCACUAAGAUAACGAUCAUCUUUAAGAACUGGCGGGAGUGCAUCGAGCAGCAGAUCUAUCACGCGGAGCUGGACAACGUGCCCCCGGCCUUCGUCGACGGCUCCAUCACCAGCGGCGAGCGGCGCGGGCACCACAGCCUGCAGGUGAGCACCGAGGCGCCCGGGCGGCACGCGCAGAUCAACGCCACGCACAUCGGCACCACGCUGGUGGUGCGGCAGAGCGGGCGCUCCCUGAGCCUCUCGGUGCGCGCGCCCAGCGCCAUCGUGGACGCCUUCAGGCCCGAGCAGGACCUGCAGCUGUGCAAGUGGGGCUGCCCGGCCUCCGAGCGGCUGAAGCACCCGCCGCCGCAGCCCGGCACGGACGCCUACGCGCACUGCGCCGCCCUGCUGCCCGCCAAGGACAUGUACUUCCAGGCGUGCCUGUUCGACCUGCUGACCACGGGCGACGUCAACUUCAGCUCCUCGGCAGUCGCCGCGCUGCAGGACGCGCGCGGCAUGAUUGCGGACGCGGGCAGAGUGCACCUGUUGACGGCUGCUGCGGCAACGAGCAGUCACCUGUCAGGUGCUCUACUCACACUUCUGGUGGUGGCUCUCGCCGAUGUCACUCUCUCAUUUCUUUGAGAGCAGAAGUGUAUGAUGGUGGCGUUUGGACCUGUUGACAUGGAGGACUUAAAAAGCCAAAGAACCCUUUUAACUUAUUAUGAAAUAAUCUAUAACUUAUUAGUUCUUUCUCUCAAAAUUGUUAAUUUAUUAGGGAACACUGCGCUAUUGUAUAUUCAAUUGCUGUUGCUGUUAAUUGCUAUUAUUAAUUUGUAGGUUACAUUUUCUUGUAGUUUGUGGUGUAGCACAUUUCUAGUACUCCCUAGUGAAGAUUAAUGUAAGGGAAAGAGUAUUACAAGCCAUUGCAGCCAUAGAUUAUAUUAUCGCCCAGUGUGUGUGGGGACAGGUAGUGAUUUGUUGAACUUAUUAGGCAAGUAACUGAAUAUUUCCCCUGGGCUGCUUCUUACAUCCACUACAUAGGUUCUACAUAGCUUCUACAGGCUACAUUUUGCACCUAUAUAAAAAAGCUUUAGUAUUUAUAGAUUUAUUUUAGUUAACAUGUAUGCCAUUAAUUUAAACUACUCGUAUACAGUAUGUGAAUAUAUUGACUAAAGAAUAUGAAGAUAGUGUGUCACUGAGAGAGGCACAUUUUACAAAACCAUAAGUUAUUGCUAUUUUUAACGUCUGUACAAAGUCAGUGGGAAAGUGUGUCACUGUCACUAUGAAAUUUUUACAUGCGUGUAAUGAUGUAAAAGAAUAGGACACAGUCUGGAACUGUACCUCUGAAAGUUUAUGUGUUGCUUGUGUAAUAUAUGUUGUAUUUGUGUUUAAGGUAUACUGAUUAACCACCUCCCAUGACAGUGGGAGAGAUGACAAUUACAGUAUAAUGCAGGUGAAAUGAAAAUAGCUUUAUAUUUAUUGGGCAGAAUUCUUUGGACUAAAAGACACUUUGUAAUAUAUUCACACAGGAUUACUGUAACAUGGUUACAUAAAAUGUUAUUGGCUAUUUAUACAACGUCUGUACAUGUAGUGUGUUGUUUUGUGUUGUAAGCUAAUAAAGAUAAACAAAUCUA